GACACUCCCGCGCGCACACGCCGGGGGCAGGAGCGGCGUCCUGCGCAGCUCCGCUCGGCCGCUGGGGGCCUCCGCCGGCCUCGCGGUCCCCUCCAGACCGGCCCGCGCCGGCGCGCGUCACAUCUGGCCGCACAUCUGCCCGCCCUCCCGGCGCGGGGUCCCGAGCGGGCGGGCGCGGCGCGGCGCGGAGGCGCAGCCAGGCUCCGGGAGGCGCCGCGGCGCUCGGCUGGUCUAUGAGGAGCCCCGGGAUCUGCCAUGGGUCGGCGGCUGCUCAGGGGCCUGUGGCCGCUGCACAUCGUCCUGUGGACGCGCAUCGCCAGCACGAUCCCACCGCAAGUUCAGAAGUCGGAUGUGGAAGUGGAGGCCCAGAAAGAUGAAACCAGAUUCCUAAGCUGUAAUAGGACCGUUCAUUCACUGAACCUGUUUAAUAAUGACAUGAUGGCCACCGAAACCAACAGUGCAAUGAAGUUUUCAAAACUGUGCAAAUUUUGUGACGUGCGAUCUUCCACCUGUGACAACCAGAAAUCCUGCCUGAGCAACUGCAGCAUCACCUCCAUCUGUGAGAAGUCACAUGAAGUCUGUGUGGCCGUAUGGCGGAAGAAUGAUGAGAACAUAACACUAGAGACGGUUUGCCAUGACCCCAAGCUCCCCUACCAUGGAUUUGCUCUGGAAGACGCUGCAUCUCCUAAGUGUAUUAUGAAGGAAAAAAAAGUGCUUGGCGAGACCUUCUUUAUGUGCUCCUGUAGUGCUGAUGAGUGCAACGACAACAUCAUCUUCUCCGAAGAUGCUGCCAGCAAUACUGACCUGUGGUUAGUCAUAUUCCAAGUAACAGGCAUCAGUCUGCUGCCACCUCUAGGCAUCACCAUAGCCGUCAUCAUCAUCUUCUACUGCUACCGUGUGCACCGGCAGCAGAAGCUGGGUCCAUCCUGGGAGAGCAGCAAGCCACGGAAGCACAUGGAGUUCAGCGAGCACUGCGCCAUCAUUCUGGAAGAUGACCGCUCUGACAUCAGCUCCACGUGUGCCAACAACAUCAACCACAACACGGAGCUGCUGCCCAUCGAGCUGGACACACUGGUGGGCAAAGGCCGCUUUGCUGAGGUCUAUAAGGCCAAGUUGAAGCAGAAUACUUCAGAGCAGUUUGAGACUGUGGCAGUCAAGAUCUUCCCCUACGAGGAGUACGCCUCUUGGAAAACAGAGAAAGACAUCUUCUCUGACAUCAACCUGAAGCAUGAGAAUAUCCUCCAGUUCCUCACAGCUGAGGAGCGGAAGACAGAGCUGGGCAAACAGUACUGGCUGAUCACUGCCUUCCAUGCCAAGGGCAACCUGCAGGAGUACCUCACCCGGCAUGUCAUCAGCUGGGAGGACCUACGCAAGUUGGGUAGCUCCCUUGCCCGGGGCAUCGCCCACCUCCAUAGUGACCACACACCAUGUGGGAGACCUAAGAUGCCCAUUGUGCACAGAGAUCUCAAGAGCUCCAAUAUCCUGGUGAAGAAUGACCUGACCUGCUGCCUGUGUGACUUCGGCCUCUCCCUGCGUCUGGACCCUACUCUGUCGGUAGACGACCUGGCUAACAGUGGGCAAGUGGGAACUGCAAGAUACAUGGCCCCAGAAGUCCUGGAAUCCAGGAUGAACUUGGAGAAUGUUGAGUCCUUCAAGCAGACCGAUGUCUACUCCAUGGCAUUGGUGCUCUGGGAAAUGACAUCUCGCUGUAACGCGGUGGGAGAAGUAAAAGAUUAUGAGCCACCAUUUGGUUCCAAGGUGCGGGAGCAUCCUUGUGUCGAGAGUAUGAAGGACAAUGUAUUAAGAGACAGAGGACGACCAGAAAUUCCUAGCUUCUGGCUCAAUCACCAGGGCAUCCAGAUGGUGUGUGAGACACUGACUGAGUGCUGGGACCAUGACCCAGAAGCUCGUCUUACAGCCCAGUGCGUGGCAGAACGCUUUAGCGAGCUGGAGCACCUGGACAGACUCUCCAGGAGGAGCUGCUCCGAGGAGAAGAUUCCCGAAGAUGGCUCGCUGAACACUACCAAAUAGCUCUUCCAGGGCAGCCAAGGCCCAAGCCAAAGAGCCCACCCCUGUCACCAAAGAACAGAGGCAGCAGGAAGCUGCCCCUGAACUGAUGCUUCCUGGAAAAUCAAGGGUCACUCCCUCCUGAUAAGCUGUAUGAUGAGCGGAAAUAGCCGCAGCAGGGAGAGAUGACAGAAAGCAUUCUAUGCCUUUGACAUUGUCAUGGGAUAAGCUGUGUUAGCACUUCCUCAGGAAAUGAGAUUGAUUUUUACAAUAGCCAAUAACAUUUGCACUUUAUUAAUGCCUGUAUAUAAAUAUGGAAUAGCUAUGUUUUAUAUAUAUAUCUAUAUGUCUAUAUCUAUAUCUAUAUCUAUAGCCAUACUCUGAAAAGAGACAAGGAAAAUGAUCAAAGAUUCCUGAGAAAUUGGUUUUAUUGGCGAACCCCAGAACCUGGCAGAGAAGGCAGAAAUUCCUUACAGCAUUAGCACUUGACAAUCACACAUGCGAGGAGUCACUGGCCAUUUUAGGGGGAGAACUUUGCAUUAAGAGAGUGGACCCCCACCUCAGAGCCAUGCUGCACACGCUUUUGCAAUAGUUAUUCCCUUCGUGAUAGUUCUUUUCUGGCCAUGGCACGAGUAUAAUCGUACUGUUCGGGACCAGCAAUCCUGGGGUUCCCGUGUGCCUUUGAUCCUCCUGGAUUUUGUGCUUUAAGCCCCACAACUUACUUGUGAACCUUCUUCCUCACCCAUUUCACAAACUCAACCCCAUUUAAUAGUUUAAACAUUUUAAAUCUCAUCUCUUCCUUUCACAGGCAAUGGAAAAAAUCAAAAAGACACAUUUCCAUCCAUGAAAUUGCCACAUCACCUACUAAUAAGAUUGUUCUUUUAAAUUUUCUCACUGUACCAUUGUUACUAUUGUCCACUUCAGGCCUUCAUCCUUUCCUAAAAUGGAAAACCUUGCCAACUGGUGGAACUCACUGUGUUUAAACUGUUUGUCCCACUUGGCCUGAGUCUGCAGUUUCUGUGCAAACACUAAUGUGAUCCAUCUUUCUGGGCUCCCGAAUGCUCGAGCACAUUCUGGCCUGGUGGGAAGAAUUUAAAGGAUACAAUUCCACCACUAUCAAGACUGUAUCCUCCAGACACUCUGAACAAAUGUUUGGCUUGAUGAACACAGUGUUUAAAAAAAAGUUGAACCACUUUCUAAAUAUUUGGAGAUUUUGCAGAAAAAUCUGGAUCCUAGAUAAGGCUAGCAAAUGGUUUCCAGGUCUCCAGGCCACAGUGUUUACAAAAUGAAGGCAGAGACUUACUUCAAAAGCAGUUUCACUUUGCACUGUAAACAUUUGUGCUUUCCACUGCCUGGCCUAACCCCUUACCAAGGUCUUGGUUCAGGAAUGUGCAUUUAAGCAUUCAUUCUAUGGCUACAUACUAGGAUUUUAACUGCCUUAUCGGGUGUUAAAAUUUGAAGCUCACCUUUUGUUGGAUUAAAGGAGACCUGCUCUGUAUUAACCAAAUCUCUUGUUUAUAUGCCAAGAAUUUUCCCCUCUGUCUUAGGGAUUAAAAGCCUUAACUCCAAGAAGCUUUCUUCAUGGUUACAGAUCUUUGUAUUAUGUCAGCUCUCCCACCCUUUGCCGAAAUUACUCUUGAGGACUUCAAUAUAGGAAUUGAGUCCUGUUUGUAAUUAUAAAAUCCGAGUCCAUGUGGAGUGGAGAAAAGGAUGAGCUUUAAUACUCCAUAGGAAAUUUGUUAACACACACAAACAAAGGUUAAUGCUGCAAGCAGCAGUCUUUAAACACACACACACACACACACACACACACACACACACACACACACACAUACACACGUUUCUUUGAGACUACUUAUUUUCCACCAAAUAGGAAUAUUAGCAAGGAAUUGGCAGGAGCCAUGUCAGGUCUGUUUGGAAUGUGGAAGAUCUUAUCUCACUGAGGCUUUAGGUUAUAUGCUGAACUGGAGAUGGAAUUUCUAGGACCCCUCCUCCCUUUGGUGGGUGAGACAGUUAAGGACAGUUCUGUAGACACGGAAGCACCCAGAACUUCCACUUGCACCUUAGGACUUGCUGGUGCCAUUCUAAUAGCUGUUGCUCAUUGACCUCUAGUGGUGAAUUGCUAGAAUACUGGUCCUUAGACGGGAUAGUCCAAGAUUCAAAAGAAGGUUCUCACUUCCUGGUCAUCAUCAGCAGAAACUGGAAUGUAAUGUCAGAUGAUACUGUGGCUUGUUUUAUUUAUGUUUUGUUCUUAUCCAAGAAAGAAAAAGACCAAGGAAUAAGAUUCUAUAGUUCCUAAAAAUACUGACUUAUGUUCACUACUAUGCACAAAGGAAAAGUUUUAUUGUUUUAUGGAACACUUCAGCUGGACUCAUGUAUCAAGAUAGGAAUGUGAAAGCUAAAUACUCCUUUUGUAUCAAAAAUCUCAAGCACUUAUUUUCAUUCUAUGCAUUGUCUGUCUUUUAUAUAAUGAACAUGUUUAUUAGAUUAAAUAAAACAAAAGUCCUCAGGUGA